AUGUCGUCUCCGAAACUCUUUCAUCCCAUUCAAAUCGGGGAUGUCACUUUGAAGCACCGCGUUGUGAUGGCUCCUCUUACUCGUUUCAGAGCCCAGGCCAGCCACGUCCCAGGCCCUCUUGCUGCAACUUAUUAUGCCCAGCGGGCCAGUAGUUUACCAGGGACACUUUUAAUCUCGGAAGCCACCUUCAUAUCGCAGAAUGCAGGAGGUUAUGACCAUGUUCCUGGUGUGUACACUGACGAUCAAAUCGCUGGGUGGAAGAAGAUCACAGAUGCUGUGCAUUCCAAAGGGUCUUUCAUCUUCCUUCAGCUAUGGGCACUGGGCCGUGCUGCCGAUGCUUCAGUACUAUUGGAGAAAGAGAAUAACUCUCCCUUUGUCUCUGCCUCGGAUGUCCCUAUAUCUGGUCAUCCUUCGAAGCCACGGUCACUAACCAUUCCAGAGAUCAAGGAGUAUGUACAGGCCUAUGCUACAGCAGCUUCAAAUGCUGUACAUAAGGCAGGCUUUGAUGGAGUCGAGAUUCAUGGUGCUAAUGGGUACUUAAUCGAUCAAUUUCUACAAGACGUUAGCAACAAGCGUACGGAUGAGUACGGUGGGAGCAUCGAAAAUAGGUCUCGAUUUGCUCUAGAAGUCGUCGACGCUGUGGUCAAUGCAGUGGGCCCUCAGAAGACUGCCAUUCGUUUGAGCCCAUGGAGCCCUUUCCAAGACAUGUGCAUGGAGGACCCCGUACCGACGUUUUCCUAUGUAGUAAACCAAUUCCUCAAACAUCCUCUCGCUUAUAUCCAUGUCGUCGAACCGCGUAUCCAAGGGGGCUCUGAUUUUAAUGACUUUGUUCCCCCUUCCCAUAACAACGACUUCCUUCGCAAAAUAUGGGUAGAUAGACCAUUCAUAAGUGCAGGAGGGUAUACAAGAGAGAGUGCUCUGGAAGUAGCUGAGAACACAGGUAACCUGAUAGCGUUUGGAAGAAAAUUCAUCCCAAACCCCGACCUACCCUUACGACUGUUCAAAAAUAUACCUCUGAGUCCUGGUGACAGAGCCGCCUAUUAUCAACCAGGCAACUUCACUCCUAUCGGAUAUACAGAUUGGCCCUUCGCCGAGGAAGCUGAGAAGGAGUGUAAAUUAUGA